ACCAACAUGGCGUCUCGAUCGGCUUGUGUGAGUAUUACGAAACAGGUGCAAAAUAUAAACGGAAUCCCCUCUCUCAUUUCCAAAAUUCAUGCACCAAAUUUUGAUAUAUUACAAUGUACGAAAGCUGUGAUACUGAUUCCUGGAAAUCCGGGCAUAAUACGUUUUUAUGAUUCGUUUUUGGAAAGUUUAUUUACUCUAUGUGAUGGAGAGUUCCCAGUGUUUGGCAUUCAACAUGUGGGUCAUGGUCCUUUGGAAAACAUAGACACACGUAGUUCACCAUAUGGUCUCACAGAGCAAAUUCACCACAAAAUUGCAUUCCUUGAAAACUAUUUUCAUCCAAAUUGCAAGUUCAUCCUAAUUGGCCACUCCAUUGGUGCAUAUAUUAUUCUAAAAUUAUUUGAAUACUUUGGUCUAAAACAACAACGGAUAACAAAAGGAAUAUUAUUGUUUCCAACAAUUGAACGAAUGGCCGUCUCCCCGAGCGGCCGAUUGGCUACGCCUGUUUCAAACUAUUUUUCAUGGCCGCUGAUUGCUGCGGCGUGGGCACUGUCAUGGCUACCACUAGGGUUAAAGAAAUGGCUUAUAAGUAUUUGGUUUGGUAGAAGGAAAGUUCAUACAGAAUGUCAGGAAGCUGUCAUUGAGUUGGUCAAUGCAAACACGAUUAGAAAUAUGCUUUUUAUGGCUGCAGAGGAGAUGAAGACGGUUGACAAAACCCCAGUUGAGCUCAUAUCUGAUCAUAUUGAUAAGUUGAUCUUCUACUACGGAGCCUCUGAUCCUUGGACACCAAGAUCAUAUUACAAUGAAAUGGUGCAACGCUUCCCCUCUGCACAAAUAUACCUUUGUGAAAAGAAUAUGAGACAUGCAUUUGUGCUGGAAUCACAUCAGGAAAUGGCAAGAAUUACUGCUCAAUGGAUUAGCUAGAAUUAUUAAAGAGAUUCUAAACAUGGAUUAACUGUAAUAUAUACGCGUAUUACCCAAUGUUCAAUGUGAUUAAAACAUUACACUGAUUUAAAAUUAUUUGUUAGCUGUAGAAAUCCACUGCGUUAUUAAAAUUCAGCAU